AUGAUAUGUCCGGCUUGUAAACAAGAAGUUUUUGACUUAGGAGGAGGGGAUGGUCAAGUGAUUUGUACCAAUUGCGGUUGCGUUAUCGAUGAAAAUCAAAUUGUAAAUAAUGUAGAAUUCAAUGGAAAUGGAGAAAGCGCAUCGUUCUAUAGCUUUUUUGGACUUACGCGUAGAAUCGUUGGUCAAGUAGUGAACGAGACUGGUUCUUCGUCCUAUGCUUCUUCUUCAGGACGUUAUUCGUACAAAGAAUCUAGAGAAGUCACUCUUUUGAACGGAAGAAAGAAGAUAUCUCAGAUUGCAGCUGGUCUGAAUCUGCAGAAUCUAAUUAGCAAUGCCUGCAACGUUUUCAACCUAGCUGUAGCCAAAAACUUUACUCAAGGGAGAAAGGCCACUCACGUUUGUGCCGCUUGCCUCUACGUCGCUUGCAGAAUGAACAAAAUCCCCACCAUGCUCAUCGAUUUUGCGGAUCUCCUUCAAACCGAUGUGUGGAGUCUCGGUUCCGUCUAUAUGAAAAUGAACAACAUGUUAGGUCUCAAAAUGAAACCAAUCGAUCCAUCGCUGUACAUCAAUCGUUUUGCCUCCCAAAUGGAGUUCGGCGACCAGCUCUCCGCCGUCUGUCUCACCGCGCUUCGCAUCACCAAGCGAAUGCAGCGAGACUGGAUCGUCCUGGGCCGCCGACCGCUCGGAAUCGUCGCCGCCGCGCUCCUCUUAGCAGCUCGCAUCCACGGAUUCCGCCGAACGAAAAAAGACAUUCUCUCGAUCGUCAAAGUGAGCGAGGAAACGCUGCGAAUCCGCCUCGCGGAGUUCGAAUCGACGCCUUCGAGCUCGCUGACGAUCGAUCAGUUCAACUACCUCGCGGAUCAGACGAACGAUUUCGCGGUGAAUGAGAAGGGCGAGCCGGUCGGCGAGGACGGAAUGAUGUCCGCCCAUCCGCCUUCUUUUGUGCGAAACCGACUCAAAGACCAGCAGAACCAGCUUCUUUUGGAAAGUUCGAACGGAGACACGAGUCAUUUGGAGAAGGUGCUGAUCGAGACGGGAACGAUCGCGCCUGGCUCGCAUUUGCAGAGACAGAAGCGAGUGUCGCCGAGCAGUUUGCUGCGUCAACACGAUCUGGAGCAGAUGUAUCAGGAGUUGGAGAUGGAGAUGACGUCGGUGCUGGCAGCGUUGAACGCGCAGCAGAACGGAGAGAAUGGAAAUGAGGGAAUGCCCGAUUCGAAUUUGGAGGAAAUGGGGAAACUGGAGGAGAGAAAUGGAAAGAAUAAGGAAGGAAGUGAUGAGAUGGGAAAUGGAAAUGGAAAUGAAAAUGGAGGGGCGAAUGAAAGUGAACUGCAAGGAGGUCUUCCCAAUGCAAACAAUGCAAACAAUAUAAACAAAGAGGGCGAGCAGAAGGAAGAGGGCAAGGAGGAGGAAGCGAAUGCAAUCGAUCCGGAAGUGGAAGACAUGUUCCUUUCGGAAGAGGAGCAGAAAAAGAAGCGGGAACUCUGGCUUGCCUCCAACGGCGAUUGGCUCAAACGCCAGGAGGAGAAGCGGAGAGAGCGGGAGCAGAGCGGGAAGAAGGUGACGAAGCGGAAGAAACGAACGCCUAAUCGCGCACAGUACCGACAUCCAGUGAAAACGGCGGCUGAAGGGUUGAAGCGAUUGAUCGACACGAAGAAGGUGAGUCGAAAUGUGAAUUACGAAGCCAUGCGUAGUUUGUUUAGUUCCCUUGUUUGUUCGCACAAACAACACACAAGACAAAAUAAUUCCCCUGGAGAUAGCAUUCCACCGUAUUGGGCUUAA